UCGUGCCGGUGUCUCGUGCUUAUCUUUUUGUUUUCAUUCAAGCGAUAGGAAAACAUCUCUCCGUAAGAGUUCCUUUUAUCGUUCAUGCAAAUUGGUUUAAUUGCGAAAAUUCUACUCACAGUUGCAAUUGGUGCGGCUUUUAGGCGCUUUCUGCCCCUAAAAUAUAACCUUGCCACAAUGUCAUCAUCUUCCAGCACGUACGAGCCCGGAACACAUUCCGUGGCUUUCGUAACAACCCCCGAUGAGAGUUCAGCAAAGAAAUUAGCUCAUCUACUUGUAGAGAGGAAGUUAGCGGCGUGUGUUAAUGUAAUCCCACAGAUCACGUCGAUUUACGACUGGGAUGGGAAGAUCAAUGAAGACAAUGAAGUCCUCUUGAUGAUAAAGACACGGACUAGUCGUGUCGAUGAGAUCUGCAAGCUCGUGAAGGACAAUCACUCAUACAGCGUGGCAGAAGUUAUUUCACUACCCAUUGAAAAUGGGAAUCCGCCCUACAUGGAGUGGCUCUCCAAGACUGUUCUUGAUGUUGCUAAGAAAUAGUUUUGGACUUACCGGAUGAAGGAGCAUUUUUUUGACUACAUUAUAUAUAUUUUCUUACCAAAUUGCGUGGGUGUUUAAGAAAUUCAAUAAAUAGUAAUUGUGCGGGUGUCCAGUUCUGAAGCAGA